AUGGGACCAUCUCAGGGAGCCAACAGCACUCUCACCAUGGAGAAGACAGCAUUAUAUGAGAAGCUGCCACAGAGCUGGCAUGCUGAGGACUUCGUCACUCCUACCCAGGAUCUCUCUGGGUCCCGCAGUGUUAUGAUGGACAGCACCAAGAUUUUGGGGGUCCAGGUUGUUCUGAUUGCUGCCUACUCCCUCAUCAUUCUGCUGGGGUUCAUUGGCAACUCCCUGGUCAUCUACAUCAUAGUGAAGUACAAGACCAUGAGGACUGUCACCAACUUCUUCAUAGCUAACCUGGCCUUGGCAGACCUGAUGGUGGACACGCUCUGUCUGCCUUUCACCCUGGUGUACACCCUGCUGGACGAAUGGAAGUUUGGAGCUGUUCUUUGUCACCUGGUCCCUUAUGCUCAAGCUCUGAGUGUCCAUGUGUCCACUCUCACCCUAACUGUGAUUGCCCUGGAUAGGUAUCGGUGCAUCGUUUUCCACCUGGACAGCAGGAUCUCCAAGAGGCUCAGCUUCACCAUCAUAGCUGUCAUGUGGCUGGCAGCAGCUGUCCUAGCAGGUCCUCUGGCCAUCUUCAGAGAGUACAGAUAUGAGGAAAUCCCAUCCAUCAACCUCAAAAUGGCUGUCUGCUCAGAAAAGUGGCCUUCUGGUAACAACAGAGAUGCCACCAUCUACAGUCUGUCCAUGCUUCUCCUGCAGUAUGUUCUCCCUCUUGCAAUUAUUUGUUAUGCCUACACCAGGAUCUGGUUCAAGCUGAAAAACCAUGUCAGUCCCACUUCUAGGAAUGAAAACCAGUGCCGGAGAAGGAAGACAACCAAAAUGCUAGUGAUGGUAGUUGUGGUGUUUGCAGUCUGUUGGCUCCCCUUCCAUAUAUUCCAACUUGCCAUUGAUCUUGAUCUGGUUCUUAUCUUCCAUGAGUACAAACUCUUGUACACUGUCUUCCAUGUCGGGGCCAUGUGCUCUACAUUUGUCAACCCUCUGCUCUAUGGGUGGAUGAACAAGAACUACCGGAAUGGCUUCAUUAUGUUCUUCCGUUGCCAGAACAAGCCAGAAACCAUCCACACUGAAGGCUCAGUUAGAGGCAGGUCAUACAUCUUCAGGGCAAAUACCCUAAAUGGGAGCAUCAAACAGACUCCUGGCAAAGGAUCCGUGCCCACAGAGGUUUAG